AUGCUGCUGAGGCUCUUGUGGAUUGAUGGUGCUCACUGGCCAGUUGAUCGGGGUAGUCUACGUAUGUACGUGCUACUUGUUGCCGUAAAGGAAACUUUGGGUAUUCAACCGGUGGGUGCUGUCGUUCGCUUGGAACUCUGUCAGCUCUUCAAGAAGCGUGGUGUUCAAGAUGGCUGUGGAUCUGUGGAUAUGUGGAUCAGCAAAGAUGUGGAUCAGCAAAGAUGUGGAUCGGCAAAGGGUGGAUUAAUCAAGGAUUAA